AUGACUCUAUUGCGUCUGUGACUCGGCUUCCAUUUUCACUUUUCUCCUCCGUUCCAUCUUCAGCCGGAAGACCUAAUUCCGGCCUCCAGACAGCCGCCGCCGCCAUGGAAGGCAGCAUUCUGGAGUCCAUCGGACUCGAGAUUAUCGGCGUGAUGUCUCCGGUCUCCAUCUGCAUGCUUCUCGUCGUCCUCCUCGUCUACUCCCUGUCCGCUCCCUCCUCCUCGGCGCCGAUCCGCACCGCCGCCAACCUCGUCUACCUCGAGAGCCCCUCCGACUCCGCCACUCAGAAGCUCGAAGGCGCGCUGCUCAAUGCCCUAGUUUUCGUCGUCUUCAUCGCUCUUGUUACCUUCCUCCUCGUCCUCCUCUACUACUACAACUUCACCAAUUUCCUCAAGAACUACACGCGCUUCUCCGCCUUCUUCGUGCUCGGCACUAUGGGCGGCUCGAUCUUCCUCUCCCUAAUCCAGCAUUUCUCCAUACCUAUCGACUCGAUUACUUGUUUCGUUUUGCUUCUGAAUUUUACGGUUGUGGGGGUGCUCUCUGUGUUCUCGGGUGCCGUACCUAUAUUCUUGCGACAGGCGUAUAUGGUUGCUUUGGGGAUAAUUGUGGCGGCUUGGUUUACCAAAUUGCCUGAGUGGACCACUUGGGUUUUGCUGGUGGCGCUGGCUGUAUAUGAUUUGGUUGCGGUUUUGGCACCUGGUGGACCCCUCAAGAUAUUGGUGGAAUUGGCUUCGAGUCGGGAUGAGGAGCUUCCUGCUCUGGUGUACGAGGCUCGGCCUACGGUUUCCAGAAAUGUAGGGAGCGGGGGCUCUAGUUUGGGUCUUCUGGUUGGUGGGGUUUCGGACUCUAAUUCAGUGGAGCUUCAGGAUUUGUCCAGGAACAAUCAGAACCGAAAUCAGGGUUCAGUGGAAAACCGGGAGUGUGCUGCCAUUGAGAUUGAAAAUUCUCGACAUCAUGAAGUUGCAAUCGGGAGUGAAGAGGUUGAGACCUCGCCAUUAGUGCCUAAUGUGCAGGCAAGACUAUCGUCAAGUAGCGGGUCUUCUGAGUUCUCAGUAGUGGAUACUGCUUCAGAUAGGAACAGACAAUAUGGGCAUGUGCAAUCUGAAAUUGUUGUUGAUGAAGAAAGGUUUCCCCUUGUUGAAAGGUUGGGCUUGGAUAAUGAGAGAGAACCUGCAGGGAGGGAUGGCUUUGAGACCUCUGAGUCGACAAGUCGAGGCUUUGAUCGUGGGAAUCUCCGACCGGUGGGCGCUGGUGAUGUUGGUUGUGGCUGGUAUAGGUUGUUUUUUGAAAUUUCAAAACUUAUACAACACUUGAACUGGAGCUACUCGUUGGAGUUCACAUUUUGCCUCUGUUAAAAGAUUUAUUGAGAUGUUUGGUUCUACUUGUACACUUCUUGAAAAUCUUAUUGAUGAGGGGUCGAACAAUAGUAUGCGUGGAAAGGCUAAAGGUGCUUUGAAAAUUAUGAAAACAUUUGAGUUUGUAUUUAGAAAAAUCUGAUAUUUUGUGUCAAGCAUUGCAAAUGAAAGAUCAAGACAUUUUGAAUGCAAUGCAUUUUGUCUCAAGUACAAAGCUUCUUCUUCAAGAGAUGCGUGAUGAUUAGUGGGAAAGUUUUAUGUGGUAUGUGGUUGAAUUUUGUAGAAGUAAUGAUGUUGAUGUGCCCGAAUUAACUGAUCGUUAUAUGGAUGGUACAAGACGUUCUUGUCAACAGAAAAAUAAUAUUACAGUGGAAGACUACUAUCACUUUCAAAUAUUCAAUGUUGUAAUAGAUUUUCAGUUGAUGGAGUUGAGUAAUAGAUUUACAGAGAAAACAAUAGAACUUCUUAAGCUAUGCGAGGCUUUAAAUCCUACAGAUGGUUUCAAAUUAUUCUCUAUAAAUGCUAUUUGUAGUCUAGCUGAUGAAUUUUAUCCUUUGGAUUUUAAUAAAGAAGAGAUAACAGAUUUGAGGAGACAGUUGGAUCACUACAAGUUUGAUGUAAUUCGAAAUCCGCAAUUUCAGAAUCUUAAUUCUCUUUCUCAAUUAUGUCAAAUGUUGGUUGAAACGAAGAAGUCACUUCAUUAUUUCUUGAUUGAUAGGUUGAUUCGUCUAGUGUUAACUCUUUCAAUUUCUACAGCAACAAUAGAACGAGCUUUUUUAGGGAUGAAACUAAUCAAAACAUCACUUCGCAAUAAAAUGGAGAAUGAAUUUCUAGCAAAUGCCAUGAUUAUCUACAUUGAGAGGGAGAUUGCUCUUGGUAUUGAUACAGAGAUAUUCAUUGGCAAAUUUGAUCUUUUAGGGAAUCACAGGUUGCGACUUUAAGUAGUUUUAUAAGGUAUUUGUGUUGCACAUUUUUGGUAUUUUUGUUGUUUUUUUCUUUCUCCUUUUAAGUUAAUGAAUUAUAUUCAAUAUGCAUGUAAAGCUCUCCUUUUAAGUUAAUGGAAUUAUAUUCAAUAUGCUUAUAAAAUUCAUUAAACUCUCAUUUUUUAUCUUUUUGUUUUUCUCUUAUUGGUGAAAUUUACGGUUGGAAAAAAAAUUUGAAGCCCCCCCAAAUAAAAAAUCCUAGCUCCGCCCCUAAUGCCUAAAUUGAUUGAAUGAAUAUUCUCAUUUUUCUCUCUAGAAUUCUCUCUCAAUCUCCCUCCAAUUUCCCUCUCUUUCUCUUGUUUCCCCCUAAAUCUUCUUAUCUAUACUGUUCUCCCUUAAUUCCCUCCCUCAAUUCCUUCCAAUUCCUCUUUUAACCUAUCACGAACCCUAGGUUCGUGACAUUAGUGGUAGUAUCACUGGGUUCUAAACUGUUGUCAAUGGGCUUGGUGGCUUACAAAUAGCAGAGAAGUGUAAUCUGAUGAAGAUAGGAGGAGAGGGUGUAGGGAGAGGAGGGACAGGGAGGAGAGAAAUGAAAAAGAGAGAGGAAAGAAGAAGAGUUACCUUCGUGGCCAAUUAAUGAUGCGUUUCAGUGGGGUCCUGUGGGUGGUUAACUUAAAAGCUAGGAAUAAAAAGGAGAAAGUAGGAGGCUUCACUAAAGUGGAGCUGGAGUCAUUGGGCUGACAAGGAGCAUCAGGGAAGAAGGAAGAAGUUGUGGUCUGCCUCUUCAAUUAUGAAUUUUCAGAUUGAGUGUUUGAGUGAGAAAAAUUAUGCUUAAUUCAGGAUAUAUAUAUAUAUAUUAUUUUUUUCUCUUUUAUCCCUAGGCUUUUCUACCCCACAUGGUGGGAUAAAGGCUUGAUAUGUUGUUGUUGUCAUACCCCAAGGCUUUUCUAGCAAUUGAACCUAUGCCCCAAAUAAGUUUCAAAAGUUAUAGUCUCCCCUAGUUGUGCAUAUGACAGGCCUGUGUGCUAGACGUGUGUCCAUGACUUGUCCUUGUGUCUGACAACCAAAAAGUUUGAAAAAGAAAAGGACAUGCCAAGUGUUGUGUAACACAUAUCUGGCCUUUGUCCAGGCCAGUGUCUAUGAGUUAGACAUGGAGACUAAAUGGAGUGUCUAUGCUUUCAAGUUCAAAACUUUGCAAACAUUGAACUAGUUACCAUGUUAGGCUAUGAUCCUGCUUUUUUGGAAUUAAUGGAGAAGGUGACUUCUUGGUGCUGCCAAUAUGGGUAAAUCUAUAGAUGAUGGAAGUAAUUAUUGAAUUAUCUUGUUGGCGGGCUCAUGCACCGCAAUUGGACCAACACUUAUCUCUAUAAAAGAAUUUACUCCUUCAAGGUGAACUACUUUAUCUAGCAAUUUGGAAAUCAAAUAAGAUCUUUCUAUAAGAUGCAACUCUAAACGAAUUGUGCUUUUCUUUGUGCGAGUGAGAGAGCAAGUUUGAGAGUUGUAAAACUUGGUCUUUUUGAUACAAUCCUUCUAGGUAAAAGGCUUGGAUGUGUUUUUUGCAAGAGGAAUGGUCUUUGGAACAGGUUACUGGUGGGAAUUGAAAUGAACAAGUUGGAUGGUCUCCUGGCUAUAUUGCUAUUCCCAUAUGGUACAGGGUGUUAUGAGGGCCUUUGAUGACCAUUUUAGUUUCAUUCUCUUCCAGAUAGGUUGUUGCUCUAGAAUUAGGUUUUGUUUAGAUAAAUAGUGCAGUCAUAAUCCUUCUCAGAUGUUUUCGUUACUUUUUUGUGUAAGCUAGGCUGAAAGAUAGUCCCUGUGUGGGGAGAGUGCUCUCCUUAUUUAUCAGUGUCAUUGAUACUAGCUUGGUACUCGCUAUUUGAGUCUCAUCUCCAAGGUUGGGUUGUUCACUCUAUGGCACCAUUUUUUAGCAUGCUCAAAGAUCAUCCCCUAUUUUGGAUCAUAGGAGUACAAGAAGGUUUCUAACUAAUUGGCAAUUGAGCAUUCUUUUUUCAUCUGUUGUACCUGGUCCCCUGUAUCUAGGUGGAGAGUUUUGCCUUGAAUGUAAUUGGGGAAGAAGGGCUUGUCCUGAAUGUGUCUGUGGUAUGGACCAUCUUCCUUUGUUCCAUUGCAGGAGGCAGAUUGUGCUUGAUUGACUUUUCAUAAGUAAAGGCAGUGGUGACUGGUGAGCCAGUUACUAUUAGGUUAUUCAUUGUCCAGUGUCCAGGGAUAUUUUGUGUCUGUUUUUGUCUGGCAGGUGAUACUAAUUUUAGUGCCAAAAUCUCAUUUGUGUUGGUCUCAGAUUCUGAGUCAAAAUUAGAUGAGGGCUUGGCUUCUCAUUCCCUUUUGUGUGAUUUUGGAGCUUAUGGGGUGAGAUCAAUAGUAGAGUAUUACUGGUGUAGAGCAUUUUAUUCAUUGGCUGAAGGGAAACUUUCUCGUUUAUUUAGUUUCGUAGUUGAGGGAGGAUUCCUUGUUUUAUUUAUCUUCUUCUGUGUUGUUAUUGGGCGGUUUUUAUAUGCUUGUAAAUAUGACAGGCCCUGUGAUUCUCUCUUUAUGCUCUUCCUGGGGGGGUUACCAUGUUGGUGUUUUCUAAUUAUAUUUUUUUAUCCAAAUUAUGUAGGUUCUACCAAACUUGAGAAUUGGUGAGACAUAAAGAUGCAAAAGUUAAAAAAUACUAGUUUUGUUUAUAGAUCUUGAUAAGCAUCCCUUCUUGUUCCUUAUGAUUUUGGAUCCUAAUCUUUUGGACUUGUUUAUUUUAUUGGUAUUUUUAUAUGUUCUUAUGUCUUUGGUCAUGUGCCUGGUUUAUUGGUCCAUGUGAAGAUUUAUUUGCACAAUGAUAGGCUUGUUCAUUGUAUUAUGCCUUGUGAUUGAGACGUGUAUGGGUUCUGUGCUUGGAUGUUAUUGUGUCUUCUUGAAUAUCCUAAGUAAAAAGAAAAAGUUAAAGCACAGCAAGGAUACACUCAAAGUUCUGGUGAUUCCUCGUCACGGAUUUUGAUGCAAUCAUGGUAUGUCUGCAACAAUGAUUGUGAUUAUGAGAUUCUAACUUUCCCCCAGGCCCCAUAUGUUAAUUUCUCUUCAUUCUUUCUAAUGUUUUAUAUGAUGGAGAAUCAUAUUGUUAAAUAAAAUCAGUGGUAUCCUGC